CGGAAUGGCAGCCUGUUCUCCGACGAACUUGUUCUCCCUCCGGUCCCGGGUCGCGUUGGUCUCGGGCGGCGGGACGGGCAUCGGCGCCGCGCUGGCGCAAGCUCUCGCGGAGGCGGGAGCGCGGGUCGUCAUCGCGGGCCGGCGACUCGAGCCGCUGCAGGCGACGGCCGCACGGAUCAACGCCGCCGUGGCCGACAGCGGGGCGGAGGCCAAGUGCUUUGCGCUGGCGUGCGACGUCGCCGAUCUGGACGCCGCCGACUCGAUCGUCGAGCAGGCUGCCGCGCUCGCCGGCGGCCCGCCGGUCCUGCUGCUCAACAACGCCGGCGUGAACGUGCGGCAGCCCGCCGCGGAGCUGACGGCCGAGCACUGGAGGCAGUCGCUCGACCUGAUGCUCGCGGCGCCCGCCUUUCUGGCCCGAGCCUGCGCCCCGGGGAUGGCCGCGGCCGGAUACGGGCGGAUCGUCACGACCGCGUCGCUGCAAAGUGCUCUCGCCUUCCCAAACUCGCUGCCGUACGCCGCCGCAAAGUCGGGCGUGCUCGGCCUGACCCGCGCCCUGGCCGAGGCGUACAGCCCGGCGCACGGGUACGAGGGCAUCACGUCAAACGCGAUCGCGCCCGGCUUUGUCCAGACGGAGCUCACCGCCUCGGUCUUUGCCGACGAGCCGAGGGCGCGGCAGCUGGCCGCGCGCUCGAUCGCCGCGCGCAACUCGACGCCGGCCGACCUUGCGGGCGCCGCGGUGUUUCUGUGCAGCCCGGCGAGCGCGUACGUGAAUGGGCAGACCCUGUACGUGGACGGCGGCUUCACAGCACUCGGGCACCGCUGAGGCGCCGAUCCGCGAUCCUCU